ACGUCACAUUUCUGCAUUCUCCUUUCUCUAGUGGUGGUGUGUAGGGAGUGUUAUCUUUUAUUUUCGAACACAUUUCUUUCUUACAAAGUAGCCCCAUGACACCGCGGGUUUAAUUUAAGAAGGUAAUCCCGGAUUGCUCAGAAGUCCGAAUCCAAGACUUGGGUCCCGCCCCUCUUUCUCUUGUUCCCUUGUCAUGGAGAACUCGUCUGUGGCAUCGGCGUCUUCUGAGGCGGGCAGCACGCGGUCGCAGGAGAUUGAGGAGCUGGAGCGCUUUAUUGACAGCUAUGUCCUCGAGUACCAGGUGCAAGGUCUACUGGGAGACAAAAGUGAGGUGGACGCAGAUGGGGAAAAACCCCAGUCGCACAUUUCACAGUGGACAGAGGACUGCAACAACAAGAAAGACGGGAGUUGGUCAUCUUCGCGGGGGAGAGGAUCAUCCAAACCAGAUGAGUGGGAGCACAGCAGCAAUGGCAGCACAGGCUCCAGGCCCAGCUCAGGGUCCAGACCGGGUUCUGGCUCCAGGUCCAGCAGCAGAGGGCGCAACAAUCAGUUCAGAGGACCAAUCAAGCUGCAGAACGGAAACAGAGAAGGCUCUUUCGAUAUCUUAGGCACUGACAUCUGGGCCGCCAACACAAUGGACUCUCACGGAGGUGCCACGUGGGACAUGCAGCCUGAGAAGCUGGACUUCAGCCAGUUCCACAGGAAGCCUUUCCGGGGCACGCCAAAGCACCUUCCACACAUCGACCGAGAAGGAAUGAUCAACGACAAGUUUGAGGGGGAUGAUGGGAUAGAUCUGACGGAAAUGGAAAGGUUUCUACCUGGACUUGCACAGGCCUUCCCACCCCUUCCUAAUGAAGCUGAAAUUGCACACACCAAAAAACUAUUCCGACGCAAGAGGAACGAUCGACGGAGACAACAGAGACAGCAGGGGGGAGGAGGGGGAGGCGGCGGAAGGAUCCAGAAUCCUCUGCAGCAUCAGCAGCAGUUGCCACAGCAACAUCACAAUCAACAACAGCAGCAGCAGCCUUCAUCACAACUACAACCACACCAGCCCCAGCAGCAGAUUGCAGCGCAAUCUGGGGGCAAUGGUUGCCGACCUCCUAGGGAACAACAUGGACGCCAGUACCAGAGCUAUGGUGGGCAGCGCCCGGUACCAUCCCACCAUGGCUAUAGCCUGAACCGUCGCUGGCACAACAACCAGAAACAGCACACUGGGCCUAGCCUUGGGCACGGACAGCCCCCCAUAGCGGGUGACAAGGGGGCACCCUAUAAAAACACCAAAGAAAAAGAGACUGAAAAUGUGUUAUUCGAGGAAUCCAAGCCGGACCCUGCUAGUAAGAAGGCCCUAAGUGAAGAUCCUAGGUCUUGUACGACACCAGACCAGACGGUCAAUCAUAAUGAUAGUUGUAGCCCCAACCAGGGAACAACGGGGAGUGUGACGACAAGGGAGGGCCAGGCAGACGGGCCCAGGGUCAAUCUGUUGCAGUCGUCCAAGGAGAGGCUGAGGAAGAGACUAAAAGACAAGGAGGAGGUGUGUGUGGCAAUUGAGGGGGACCCACAGCAAAACCGCAUGGACCGCCUGCUGGAGAUUCUCAACAGCAUGAGGAACAACAGCAGUGGGGUGGAGGUCCAGCUUAGCUCUUUCAUGGAGGAGGCCCAGAGCUCAGCUCGCUCAGAGGAGACACUAGCCCAGAUCGUGAGCACCAUCUAUGGCAAGGCUGUUAGUGACCGUAGCUUUGCUGCCACGGCUGCCAAGCUCUGUGACAAGAUGGCCCUCUUCAUGGUAGAAGGGACCAAGUUCAGGUCCCUACUGCUUAACAUGCUCCAGAAAGACUUCUCACGUCGGGAGGUGUUGCAACAGGGGGACGUGGAGCGCUGGCUGGGCUUCAUCACCUUCCUUUGCGAGGUGUUCGGAACCAUGAGAAGCAGCGCUGGGGAGCCCUACAGGGUGCUGGUCUGCCCCAUCUACACCUGCCUCAGAGAGCUGCUGGAGUCCACAGACGUCAAGGAGGAUGCUGUUCUCUGCUGUUCCAUGGAGGUCCAUUGCCAGAGGGACGGUGCCUCUGCUCUCUGUAUCCACAGUGACAGGUCACCAGACAGGACAAGCAGAUGCACUGCCCUGCUUAAUUUGAGAAUGCAGUCCCACACACACACAGUCACAUCCCCUGACAACCCACAAGAGCCAGACUUCUCUAUUGCCAUUCUCCAUUUUACUUAUCUAACCUGUCUGUGUACUGUAGCUGUUGAAUGGUUGCUAUAUACACUAAGCUAGGCUCCAGCUAAAAUGUAUAAUUUUGAUUCAGAUUGUAGUAAAGCGUGUAGUAAAGAAUAUGAAAGGCAGGCAGGCAUACUACCAGAUAGGCAGGCAGAUCAUUGAAGGCUCCAGUGAGAAUGCCCUGGGACUGAAGAAUGAGACAGUCAUCUGUUGGGGUUAACCCCCCUUCCCACUUCUCCCCCACUGCUUUAUGUUCACUGUCACCUCUCCUUGUCUGUCUCUCUCCUCCCUCUACUACUCCCACUUUGUCAUGCUCCCUCCUCCUCCCCAUCAUGCUAUUCUUCCUCCGCCUCAUCUGCUCCUCCCACUACCCUUCUACUUCUUUCCCACUACCCCUUCUACUCUUCCUCCUCCUUCCGCUCCAACUUCUCUCCUCCGCUGUAGCUGCAUAGUACAGGGCACCUCCUAGAGGAGCAGCUGCCAGAGAUGAUGACGGAGCUGCUGGCCACAGCCAGGGACAAGAUGCUGUGCCCUUCGGAGUCCCAGCUCACUCGCUCCCUCCUCAUGGAGGUCAUCGAGCUGCACGC